AUGAGACGUCUCCUUAUUGUGCUCACCACGUGUGCAUUUGCUGAUGCCAUAGGAACAAUGUUGGUUCAAGGACGGGCAGAUACUAUACGAACUCUCAGAGAUAUUGUCAGGCACUCCUCAAUACCAUCCCAUCCUUCUUCACACCGAGAAAUUAAACAUCGAAAUCCAGAAAUUCCAAAAAAUCCAGAAGUUAUUAUCGAAGAACCAAAGACUUCUUUUCAUUCCAAAAAACGAAAUGUUCGAUUUCUUGGAAAAGCACGAGCACGUCGACAUAUUGGAAAUGUUGUAGUUGAAUCAGGUCAAUGCGAUCAUGUAGAUUUGAUGGAUUGUUCUGAUUUCGAAACAGAUGAAAUGACGUGUAUGUUAACUGCAACUGGAAUGACUUGUUGUGUAUGUACAGGACUUCUUCGAGCAGCAAAAAGGAGUCUAUUUUGA